AAUAGAGAAACUUUUUCUCUCCUUAUGAUCAAAAUAGCCUGCUAUUUAUCAUACUGCCAUUAAGGAUUUAAUUACUAGUGACUGAGGAGGGCGAUUUGCAGGAACCUAAAAUUAAGGCUAAUCUCUGAGAAGAAAAAAAGUAAUUUAGUGCUCAGAUAAGAUAAAUAUGUUCUCAUGUUGAUUUCAUGAAUAAAGCAAGAGUUUAAUGUGGGAGGCAUUAAUAGCUAAGAGUCACAGCAGCGAAAUAGGGAAUUUUGAAAUAACCUCACUUAACAUGUUUGUGUCUGGUUAUACCUCAGGUCAAGUCAUGCUCCCCCAGUCAGGUAAAAUCUCCACUGCGUGCUGGUGUGUAGCAUUCAUAUUAAUGGUGUUGAGAGCCAGGUGGUAUACACAAUUAACUGUCACUUCUUGGUCGUAAUUAGGGAGACUGUAUAAUUUAUCAUCAGAGCCGGGGUAUUUCUCCCAGCCUAAGUAUUUAUAGUCUUGGGUAAAUGAACAUGACUUCAUCACAGGAUGAGAUAAAUUUUAGCAAGUUAUCUCCAUCCAGACUUGUCUAAGUUUUGCCUCCCCAGCUCUCAGAUUGUGCUGCAUUUAGUGUGACAAUGGAAUGGCAGGUCAGGGCCUUCUCCAAAUUUCCUGGCUUCUUUCGGUGACUGCAUUCAUGCCAGGUCUUCCCCCUCUGGAGAAGGAAUGUCGCAUUUUACUUCUGAAUUUGAGGGAAAGAAUGAGCAUGUUCAGUUAAACCCCUCUGGGCUGAUCUACCUGGUGACAGCCAGGAGAUGUGCUGACAUGAUGACCACCUGGCAGGCUUUCUGGGCUGAUUUGCUCUUGGGGGAGCAGUGGAGAAUGGAGAGAUCCAUUAUAAAGAAGAAUAUAAAAAGUCUAAGGACAAGUGUACAUUUGUGACUGACACUCCUAUGCUGAAUCAUGUAAAAAAUAUUGGUGCAUUUAUUUCUGAGGCAAAAUACAAAGGCAAGACAAAGGCUGAGCUUUCCAACUCUCUUUACAAGCGGAUGCCAGCCACCAUUGACAGUGUCUUCGCAAGAGAAGUUUCCCAGCUUCAGAGCGAGGUCGCCUAUAAACAGAAACACGAUGCUACCAAAGGACUCUCGGAUUAUGCCCGCAUGAAGGAGCCACCUGUGGUCAAACACGCCAUGGAAGUCACUAAACACCAAAGUAAUAUUUCUUAUAGGAAAGAUGCGCAGGACACCCACAUGUACACUGCAGAGCUCGACAGGCCGGAUAUCAAGAAGGCAACGCAGAUCUCCAAGAUCAUAAGCAAUGCAGAAUACAAGAAAGGGCAAGGAAUAAUGAAUAAAGAGCCUGCUGUAAUUGGAAGACCAGAUUUUGAACAUGCCGUGGAAGCUUCUAAACUUUCUAGUCAAGUUAAAUAUAAAGAAAAAUUUGAAAAUGAAAUGAAGGAUAAGAAACAUCAUUACAAUCCCCUUGAAAGUGCUUCUUUUAGGCAACACCAGCUUGCGGCCACACUGGCAAGUAAUGUGAGUUACAAGAAAGACAUUGAAAAUAUGCACGACCCGGUUUCAGAUCUCCCAAAUUGGUUGUUUUUAGACCAUGCCCUGAAAGCCAGCAAAAUGCUCAGUGGACGAGAAUAUAAAAAGCUGUUUGAGGAAAACAAAGGCACGUACCAUUUUGAUGCCGAUGCCUCGGAACACCUGCACCAUAGAGGCGUUUCCACACUUCAGAGCCAGGUUAAAUAUAAAGAAGAAUAUGAGAAGAAUAAGGGAAAGUCAAUGCUUGAAUUUGUUGAGACUCCGUCAUAUCAAGCUUCCAAGGAAGCUCAAAAGAUGCAGAGUGAGAGAGUUUACAAAGAGGAUUUUGAGAAGGAGAUUAAAGGAAGGUCCUCACUGGAUUUAGACAAGACUCCUGAAUUUUUACAUGUAAAGUACAUCACCAACCUUCUGAGGGAGAAAGAAUAUAAAAAAGAUUUGGAAAAUGAAAUAAAAGGGAGAGGAAUGGAAGUUAGUUCAGAAGUUCUUGAUAUUCAAAGAGCAAAACGAGCAUCUGAAAUAGCCAGUGAGAAAGACUACAAAAGAGACCUGGAGAUUGAAGUUAAAGGGAAAGGAAUGCAGGUCAGUCCAGACACUCUCGAAGUCCAGAGAGCUAAGCGAGCAUCCGAGAUGGCCAGCCAGAAACAGUAUAAGAAAGACUUAGAAAAUGAAAUUAAGGGAAAAGGAAUGCAAGUGAACAUGGAUAUCCCAGAUAUGCUUCGAGCCAAGAGGGCAUCUGAAAUCUACAGCCAGAAAAAGUAUAAAGGUGAAGCAGAGAAAAUGCUUUCUAACUAUUCCACCGUGGCAGAUACUCCUGAAAUUCAGAGAAUUAAGACGACUCAACGAAACAUUAGUACGGUAUUCUAUAAAAAGGAAGUAGGAGCUGGCACAGCAGUAAAAGAGACUCCAGAGAUUGAACGAGUGAAGAAAAAUCAGCAAAAUAUUAGUUCACUCCAGUAUAAAGAACAAAACUAUAAGGCCACACCGGUAAGCAUGACCCCAGAGAUAGAGAGAGUGAGGAGAAACCAGGAGCAGCUGAGUGCGGUCAAAUACAAAGAAGAGAUUAAACAGGCAACGCCCAUUUCUGACCCCCCAGAGCUGAAGAGAGUGAAAGCAAACCAGAAGAAUAUCAGCAAUGUUUAUUAUAAAGGUCAGCUGGGACGAGCUACAGCUUUAAGUAUAACUCCUGAAAUGGAAAGAGUGAAGAAGAAUCAGGAAAACAUUAGCUCGGUAAAAUAUACCCAGGAUCAUAAACAGAUGAAAGGUAGACCAAGUGUGAUUCUAGAUACACCUAGUCUGAGACAUGUUAAAGAAGCACAAAAUCUUAUUUCAAUGGUAAAAUAUCAUGAAGAUUUUGAGAAGACGAAGGGGAGGGGCUUUACUCCUGUUGUGGAUGACCCUGUGACAGAGCGUGUGAGGAAGAACACCCAGGUCGUCAGCGAUGCCGCCUACAAGGGGGUCCAGCCCCACGUGGUGGAAAUGGACAGGAGACCUGGAAUCAUUGUUGACCUCAAAGUUUGGCGCACGGAUCCUGGUUCCAUCUUCGACAUUGAUCCCCUGGAAGACAAUAUUCAGUCUAGGAGUCUGCAUAUGCUCUCCGAAAAGGCGAGUCUCUACAGGAGACACCGCUCUCGAUCUCAUUCCAGCAGUACCUUUGGUACAGGUCUGGGAGAUGACAAGUCAGAAGUCUCCGAGCUUUACCGUAGCAUUUCAUGCUGCAGUGAGCUAACAAGAGCGUCCGAUGAAGGAGCACCUGUGCUCCCCGGGGCUUACCAGCAGGGCCACCCCCAAGGCUACGGGUACAUGCACCAGACAAGCAUGUCUUCCAUGAGGUCUAUGCAGCAUUCCCCAAACCUGAGGACCUACCGAGCCAUGUAUGAUUACAGUGCCCAGGAUGAAGAUGAGGUCUCUUUCCGAGAUGGCGACUACAUUGUCAACGUGCAGCCCAUCGACGACGGCUGGAUGUACGGCACGGUGCAGCGCACCGGGAGGACGGGCAUGCUCCCGGCAAAUUACAUCGAGUUUGUCAAUUAGCUCUUUCUCCCUUCCCUUUAAGCUUUAUUCUAAUGUAUUCUAAACCUAAUCUUUUUAAAACCUAGAAGAUACUUUUAAGACAACUUGGCAGUUAUUUUCCAGUAAUGCACCCUUACUUUGACAGUUAGACACAAGGUACCAGGAAGUGGGAAUGACUUGGGGCCGAAAACGGCAGCGUUCUCAGUAAUUCCUGUAGACAAAAUCCUGACGUCUGGAGGCCUGGUGCUGCUAAUUGUGUUUGUGGUUUCCUUUGAUUGACUCCUGAACCCUUCCAGGAAAUGUAUUUUUGUAGCCUUUAAUAGAGAUGUUGAUUGUCCCUUCUGUGUAAUGAGUGUAUGAGACUUCUUACCUGUCCCUUUGGAAUAACCAGAAGCCAAUUCUCUCUACGCAGUCACACAGCCAAUAACUUACAAACUGUUUAGCUUUUGAGUCAUUAAGCAAUUUCCAAUUCAAAUGGAAAUUGCCUGAUAUAAUACAUGUAAUCAGUGGCAGGAUGACAGUCUGGUGAGUUACAUUGACUGAUGGGUGGCCUUAGGGACUGAUCAGGACAUUUCCUUGUUCCCUGGGCCACUGGGGUCUGUUUAGGUCUUGUUUGUACCAAGGCAUCUCCUACUUUCCAUUUACAUUCUCUGGACCAGAGUUUAUGCUUGGUCCCACAGAAUUUCAGGACCAAAUAGUGUCACAGCUACUCUGCAAAGGGCAAAGUUUAAUGUCAUCUGUAUUAUUUCCUUAGGAGCCUUUAUCCUGUUGCAUGUCCUGUAAGUUUGGCUUCUGUUACUAAAGCAAACCAUGUGACUGAUAUCUACAAGCCCUGUCUGUCCUCUAGUUCCCAGCUUAUCAGAAAAACAUCUUUAAAAGUUGCUUGAGAUCUUCUUGCUGUAUUGCACUCUAGAACUGAAGGCCUGACACCUUAGGAAAUACAUGUAAAUAAGUGACUUAGGUACUCACAGAACAAUUUUCAUUAGCGUAAUACCACUUGUGAAAUAAAAGGGAUGAAAAUUUAACAGGACCUGAUGAGCAUAUGGAAUUUGGAGUGUACUAGAGAAAAAUCCCAGCACAUGAGUUUGCUUUGCACAGAGAUGAUUCGGUUUCUUAUUUUGGAAAAUGAUACUCAUAUUUGGGAAUGGAAAUGUAGCCACUAAGACUGGUUCAUCCUAAAACUUCCUUUCUACUUUUUGGUUUUUGUUUUCUAAAUUAUCUUCAAAGGAUGAGAUAGGUAUGUCAUCAGAGAUUUUUCAGGGUAGUUUACAAAAAAGGAAUCGCUGUGUUUUAAGUGACUUUGUGGGCUUUUGCUCAAUUUCCAGCCACAUGGUGAAUUUUCUUAGUGCCUGAAGUGAAGGUCACCAGUAGAUUGAUAUCCACUGGCAAUUCUGUGUUUUUCUGAUUGUUCCCUUUUUGUGACUUGCAACAGGGUAUCAUUCAUGUAGAGUCUGACUGUGUCAUUGUGAUGAAACUGGAAACCGUAAAAGUACAAAAUAGUAAUAAAAUAUCUUGGGUGAAUCUACUUUGUGUGUUAGAAGAGAUUAACAAAACAUCCUGUUACAUCUUUUAUUGAAAUUUUACUAGUCUAAAGACCAUAGCUAGUUCAUGUAUGCCUUUUAAGAGUUAGCACCAUACUUUUGAAAAUCUGCACUUUCGUUUUAUUAAGCUUAAAAAACAAAAUAAGCUUCAGUAUACUAAAGCUGUAUUAAGUGGCACUGAUGUAACAUUUAAGAGAAAAAUUCAGGCAAAUUACUAGAGAUGUUUUGGAAAGGAUUUUACAGAGUACCAGAUAACCAGCUGACCUGAUUUUCUGUCAUGAUUAAAUUGAUUAAACUGUGUAUCUGUCUUUGAUGUCUUGUAUACAGAUCUAAUGUUUCAAAAUCUGUGCAUUAAAACGAAGGACAAUAAGCCUGCUCAAUUUUAUUAUACUAAAUAUGCCUUUAUAUUUCACCCAAUCACACCUUUUGUAUGUGGAUAUCAAACAAGAGUGACUGUUGAUUAAAUUUUCAGACUAAAUGUAGGACGGGUACAAAUUUUGAUACACAGCACAUGUACAGACAAAAGAAAACAGACUUGAAAUAAUGCUCACAAUCAGGAAAGGUACCGUACAGUGGCAGCUUGUUGUUUUAUGCUUUUCUCAUUCACUAAUUUUAAAAUCAGAUUCACUGAAUGUAAAAGUCAGUACAUAUUUGGGGAAUAUGUAUUGUGUUCUCAAAUUUUAAGGUACACAUAAUGUUGCACAGUAAAAUAUUUAAGCCUUUAGGAAUUAAGAUCUGAUCACAGUUCAACUAGAGAGUAUUUAUUUUCACUAAAGACUGAGGCAGAACAAGAUGUUUCCUGCUGUUGAGGUUUAUAACUCGAUAGCGUUGAAAUUGUCGCUAACCCUUGUCAGGAUAUUCUACUGUAUUCUCUGUAGAAUACAGGAAACGUAUGUGUGUGGUAUCAAAGUGCUACUUUUAUUGCAGUAUUUUAAGAACCACAUUAUCCAACAGCUUUUCCCCUCUCCACAUGCCUCCCACCCACCUUCAAUUUGAUAAACAACACUGACAGUUUGGAAAGAGUUUAAAAGCAAGUCCUUUAAAAAUCAAGUUAAAAGGUCUGGAUAUGCCAAGUACAGAGAGUGGCACAUGUUCCUUAAAUUGGAUAUGCUCUCACACUGGACUAAAGCACAGGGAGCAAUUGGAUACAUUUUCAGAAGUUUUUGAAAACCAAGCUGUAUGUGGAUCUUAUUUCACUUGAGAAAAGCAUAGCAACAGAAUAAGUUUUGUUGUUAAGUUUUAUAGUAAAUGUUUUUACUAAUUCUCAUUCUUUUGAAGGCUUCCUACUUCAAACCUGUGACAGAAUGAAUUCUUUAUGUCUCCUUGUUACCGUUUGCACAUUCGCAGCGUAGCCCAGCUUAAAAUAUUUAUCUGGUUGUCAGCUCUCCUCGGAGGUUUGGCAUCUUCCCACGCCUCCUGACCUCCAGAGACCACACAGGAAUUUGUAAGCACAAUUUCCAUAAGCAUCUUGUAUAAAUACAGAUGAAAUUAGACCAGCCCCUUUUUGCUUAAAGAUGAUGAUGGUGUGGGUUUGCCAGUUUUAUCACAGUCUUUCUUUCCUGAUCCUCUCUGUGCUGAGCUGGGAAUUAGGAAGAAGAUACUUCUUUUUAAAAGGCAGUAGAAAUUUAAGAGAUGCAUCUUGUUUUCAGGGUCAUUCAACUUCAGUAGAAUGUUUUUAAUGAAAAGAUAAAGAAAAUGGGAGUGAUCUUUAAUAACAUCCCAAUAUAUAGUAGAUAUAGUUUAUACCAAAAUUAUACUACAAAUAUGUUAUACAAUAAUAGGUGCCUUUUUGAUUAUCCUUGUUUAUCCAUUAUGAUACUGGGAAAAAAACAAGCAAGCAAGUUUCUGCCUGUUCUACAGUAAUAUUUUAUUAUACAUGAUUGAUAUUUUUGUGGUGGGGAAGAGGGAUGUUCCUGAAAAAUAUUACAGGUGACAGGUGAUUGUAUUUUACCAUUAAAGGUUUAGAACUUUAGAAAAUGCUGACUUCUUUAAUCUAUUUCUGAAAAGUUCUUUGUUGAUUUAUAUAUAGUUGAGAUGUAUAAACACUGAACCUUGGAUUGCGUUUUAAAAUACAUAUUGUAUGAUAGAAUAAUUAUGUGAUGAGGCUGAAUUCACUGUGUGUAAGAUGAACUUCACUUCACAGGUUAAUCUCACCUUAGCUUUUGCUUGUGGUAUUGCCGGUGGCCAGACGGUACACUUGGUAACCUGUCAUAAGGAUCAUAAAGCUUUAGUUAAGUAAGAAGUUAUGUAAACCAAUGUGAGUUUGCUAAAAUGUAAGUCUCUUUCUCAAGUAUUCCAUGCCUGUUAGGGCCCUUUCUAGGCAACUAACUAGCAGCUGUUGAUGAUUUAAAAAAGUCAAAACAAACUUAAGACAUUGCCAUCCAUAAUGCUUAAGACUAGUGGGACCCACAGGCAGGCUCCUCCCUGGUUGUCCAUAUUCCUUCGGUGUAUUCAUGGGAACUUCGUAUGUUUUUUGCAUUUGCUAUCUGGUGUCCGGUUUGCAUAGUGCACACUUUGUAAUCCAGUUGCUGUUCAGAAUUUAUUUUAAAGGACAAAGGGAAAAGUGCAUCACAGUUCCAUCCUUUUGUGUCCAUAUAGUGAAUUGCUGAGCAUUUUGGAAGCAGCACUAAGUCUGGCAGGCAUGAUAUGUGUGGAACUAUUGGUCUUUGACCUGUGGUAAAAAUGCAACUUUGAACUGUUGUGUAGUUUGACUUCUGUUUUCUUCAAAAUAUGUACAAUUAUGGUUGAUUAUUAACUUGUAAGACUGUACUAAUUUCAAGAGUAUUAACAGUUUUGAAGGAAACAUUUAAUGUUUUUCCAACAAAGGGGCUUAUAGAAUGAUACAAUGUUACUAAUAUAAUUUGGCUUUUGUUAUGCAAAUUGUUAACACCAGCUAUUAAAAUCUAUUUUAGUAGAAAUGCUUUAACUCAUGUUUCUUUCCUCUACACUGUGAAUCUUUAAGCCUUGGCGGACUAGAGAAAGAUCAUGCUGCCCAAAGGACUAACCUAUGCAAACGAGUUCACAUUUUUGUGGAUGUCACAGUAAAUGUGUAACAAGACAUUAUUCCUCCUGUGUGAUGUACAGUGGCAUUGGAUAACACCCGAAGCCUAGCAUCCUGUGUGUAUAGUGUGGCUCACCCAUAAAUCCUUUGAGACUACCAUACUCAAUAGUACUAGUAUUUGUUUGAAAGCAAAUUGCUUAUUGAAGCUAUUUGAAUGAUGUCAGAAUGGGACUGAUAGAUGGAUGUGUGGGCUGUAGCUUUCACAUGGGCCGUGAAGAUGUUCUCCUACGAUAUAGCUGUGCUCUCACAUGCAUUCCCUUCAGGGUCUUAUAUUCUGUAUUUGUAAAAUGUUAUAACGCAUUCAUUUCCUAUCUAUCUCUACACAUUUGAUUUGCUUAAAUAAAUGCAGGAUACAACAAAA